GGGUUGGGGUUCGGAAUAGCAGAGCGGGGCUCUGCAGAAGAGGGGUUAACGCGGGAUUUUCAAACCUUGCCCUGAGCGCGGCCGCUCCCAGCAGCCAAUCACCAGGCAGCGCUGGGCUAUAAAAGCCGGCGGGGAGCGCUCCCGCGGCCAUCCCGGGCUGCUCUCGGUGCUUUUCUGGGCUGCAGGAGCCUUGCCAUGGCGCGUACAAAGCAGACGGCGCGGAAGUCGACGGGCGGCAAGGCGCCCCGCAAGCAGCUGGCCACCAAGGCUGCCCGCAAGAGCGCGCCGGCCACGGGCGGCGUCAAGAAGCCGCACCGCUACCGGCCCGGCACGGUGGCGCUGCGCGAGAUCCGGCGCUACCAGAAGUCCACGGAGCUGCUGAUCCGCAAGCUGCCCUUCCAGCGCCUGGUGCGCGAGAUCGCGCAGGACUUCAAGACCGACCUGCGCUUCCAGAGCUCGGCCGUCAUGGCGCUGCAGGAGGCCAGCGAGGCCUACCUGGUGGGGCUCUUCGAGGACACCAACCUUUGAACGGCUGUGGAAAACGCGAACAUGUCUGGUAGGGGCAAGGGCGGCAAGGGGCUCGGCAAGGGCGGCGCCAAGCGGCACCGCAAGGUGCUGCGCGACAACAUCCAGGGCAUCACCAAGCCGGCCAUCCGCCGCCUGGCUCGGCGCGGCGGAGUCAAGCGCAUCUCGGGGCUCAUCUACGAGGAGACGCGCGGCGUGCUCAAGGUCUUCCUGGAGAACGUCAUCCGCGACGCCGUCACCUACACGGAGCACGCCAAGAGGAAGACGGUCACGGCCAUGGACGUGGUCUACGCCCUCAAGCGCCAGGGCCGCACCCUCUACGGCUUCGGCGGCUAAACUUCAACAGUUCAAAUUCAUCCUGUUUUAAACACCAAGGCUCUUUUCAGAGCCACACA